AUGAUUUCAGACCUUGAUGUUGUGAAAAACGAACUGUUGAAGAGACAGUCAGAGACCAGAAGAAAGCGCUCACUACCUGCACUAGCCGGCAAAGUGUUAUCUAAGGCCGCUCGUACAUUGUUUAAAUCUGCUAGGGCCGGCAGGGUCACCACAAGUGGUGCUUGUAUCACCAGGCAAUAUCAGAGAUUUGGCAACUUCAAUGACGCCUUGCGUGACUUCAACAGAUUCCGUCCCGACAACCUCAAGUCCUUCAAUGGCAAGAUCAGUGGCCGUACGGGAACUGUCGGCAAGCACAGAAUCACAGUACGUAACGGAAGCAGCAACGGGAGCCCUGCACUAGAGAUUAGAUCCUACAAGGCCAGGGGAGAAUAUGUCCGCAAAUUCAGGUACUACAACCCGUAACAUAGUUUAGUCGUGGGGUGGAAGACAUCGAGCUUUGUUGUAAGAUGGUGUAUGUGAUAGAAAUGUUAAGUUAUAACUUGGUAUAUGUUAAAAAACAAAUAUAUUUUAAAUGUUUCGAUUUCUUUCUUGAU